AAGUUCCAGGAAGCUGACCGCCUGACUUCCUGUUAUCAACCACGCCCUAUAUUAACAUUUUCCUUAUUUUUCCAUGAAGCGGCGGAUUAUUAGCAGUAGCAGCUGGAGGUAGGGGAGGUGGGUGGAUAGGAAGAGAGCGAAAGCAGGGGUGGCGGCAUGGCUCGUCUCCUCCUCCUGAGGACUCCUUCUGUCUUCCAACUUCGCCACACUGCCACCCUCCUCAACCAACCCCUCCCACCUCCUCUUCCUUACCCCAACUCGUCCGACUUUUCAGUGCGUUUGCGCUUGUUUCACGAACAUCUUGCUGCUGCUUCGGCCUCUUCGUCCCACGAAGAUGUCUCCUCCUCCUCUGCCUCUGUGCAGGGCAUGCCCAAUCCUCGUUCUUCGGACCAUCCAGAUUACAGGCGGUGGAAAGCCAAAGAAGAAGAGAUCCUCAGAGACAUCGAGCCCAUCACUGAUUUCACCAAGGAAAUCCUCCACUCGAACAGGUACGUGGAUGGGGAGUGUCUUACACUAGAAGAUGAGAAAGUGGUUGUUGAGAAGCUUCUUGCUUAUCAUCCACAUUCACAAGAUAAGAUUGGAUGCGGACUUGAUGCUAUCAUGCAGGUGGAUAGGCACCCACAGUUCAGAAAUUCAAGAUGUUUGUUUGUAGUUAGAACCGAUGGAGGAUGGAUAGACUUUUCCUACCAAAAAUGCCUUCGGGCCUAUAUACGAAAAAAAUAUCCAUCAUAUGCAGAAAAGUUCAUACGUGAACACUUCAAGCGGGGUAGCUAAUCAUUAAAAGUUGAAACACAUUUGGGGGCAAUUCUCUUUUGCCACCAUAUUUCGGGGGACUCGCGGCUAUCAGUUUGGUGUAAGUAAUUAUGUUUUGUAAAUUUUGUUGAGACAAUUUGUUCCAAGUGCAUUUGAGUGAAUUUCUUGUCAAAUCAUGGCUUUCUUUA